AUGAAAAUCAACAAUUAUGUAUUUGGCAGAGUUACAGACUCGUACCACCACGUUGAAAAGAUAAAAAAUAUUUUUGAAUGUAACAAAGUAAGCAAAUACUUAAAAGAAAUAAAUUUAAUGAAAACGUUUUUUAAUAAUUAUAAGGAAAAAAUUGAUAGGAAUAGUAGUAAAAUAAAGAACGACGUUCAGCUGUUAUUAAGGAAAAAUUAUAUGUCCUUUGAAAAAAAUGUAGAAGAUGAGUUAAUACUAACUAAUAGAUAUAUCUAUUUUGAAAUGAAAACUGAUAAGCAUAUUAUGAUAUGCAGGAAAAGGAUAAAAAGAAAAAUCAUCCAUGAGAUGUAUUUUUAUCUAAGUAACAAAUCGAUAAAUCAGUUGAAGGAGGAAAAUUGUAUAUCCAAAUUGUACUCAGAAAUUGUUGUAAUAUUUCCUUCAAAUUUUAAUAUUAAAUUUUUUAAUAUUUUCAAAAAUAAUUUAUUUUCUUUCAUAGUUGAAAGAAAUGAUUAUCAUUUAAAUCUUUGUUAUUUGUUCAAAGGCACAAUACCAAUUAAGGACAUCCACAUUGAUAAAAUUGAUUCGCUGUAUACUUCUAAUGGUAGUUGUACCAAGGAAGAUGUAGUAAAAUAUAGACUCAGGACAGGGAGGAAAAAGUGCACUAUUCAUAGUAAGCGGUGUGUACAAGGUAAAGAAAAAAAAAUAAAAACAAAAAAAAGGAAAAUUAAAACGAGAAGGGAAAUUAAAAGGAAAAUUAAAACGAGAAGGGAAAUUAAAAGGAAAAUUAAAACGAGAAGGGAAAUUAAAAGGAAAGUUAAAACGAGAAGGGAAAUUAAAAUGAAAGUUAAAACGAGAAGAAAAGUUAAAAUGAAAAUAAUUAAAAAGGGGAAGAACACUUUUAUGGAUGAGAAAUGGGACACGUUUUGUCGUGGUACCCGCUCAAAAACUAACGAAAGGAGCAAAACUUAUGCAACCUCCAACAAACAGAAUGCGAAUUACAGUUGUAGUAAGGGCUUGUACAGAAAUAAAUUUCACAUGAUCAGACGAUGUACCUUCUUAGAGGAAGGAAUACAAAACAUUGAAUUUAUUCCGUUAAAAAAGAAGAACGACUUCCUUUACACACAGUUAAAUGAUAAAUAUAGAUGUAACAAACUCUUUUUAAGCUCAUCUAUUUUCCAUCAAAAGUUAAUAUUCGAAGAAAAGCAAGAAGAAUAUUUCCUGAACAUGUACAAGAGUAAGGAUCAGAAAAGAAUUUUCCUUUUAAGUGGAAGUCAUGUACAUAAUAAUUUGUUUUUGAUCCACGUAAAGGGAAAAAAAAAGAGUAAAAAUUAUCAGCUAAGUAUAAUUCAAUUUGUUGGAGUAUUUUUAAAAGGUAAGUGCUUAUUAGAAAAUUUUUUUAACCAUAUAAUUAUUAUACUUCCCAGAAACAACAACACGGAAAUUUAUUUUUUUGAUUAUAACAAAUUGAGCCGUCUUUUAAGGAGGAAGAAAAAAGGGAGAAGUGAAAAAAAGGCGGCAGUAAAAAGGGAGGAAACGGUGGUACAAAUGAGAAAACGAACGGGGAAACGAAUGGGGCAGUGUACACAGAAACAAUCAGGGCAACACCCAAGGAAACAAAUUUUGUGUUUUCCAAAGUAUUUAGUAUAUCUAACAAGACAAAAGGUAAACAUAAUAAGUAUGUUGACAAAGUUGACAACUCUAAAAAACUGCACACUGCAAGAUUUUGACGUGACCAAAUAUGGAUUAAUUCUGUACAUGUACAGGUAUUUUUUAAAUCCAUUCGUAUGUAUCAUAUAUUUGUUCAGAAAAUUGAUCAGUAGUAAGAUGUUUCGAGAGGGCAGUAACAAUUCCAGUGUGAAGGAGUACAUUUUGAAAAAGCGCCUCCAAGGAAGAGAAGAACAUGAUGAAAACGAAAAACGAGAGGAACGAAUAAUCGGAAAGAUAAAAAUAAUACUUCUGCCAAUCACCAAGGGGGGUAUACUAGGUGGCAUUAACAAUCAAUUUAAAAACCAUCUUGUCUACUUUUCUAUAUCGAAUCCAUUUACGAAUAACAUUAAAUUAGUCUAUAAUUUAAGGGAGGGUAUUCUAUCCUUACCAAAAAAUAUGCACCAAAAAAAAAAAAAAAAAAAAGAACACAAGAAUAUUUUCUUUUCUGGUAAGAAUAACAUAUUAUAUGACAACGAAUUCGAGACGAUUUUUCAAAAAAGGAAAUAUUUUGCAAUAAAAGAUGUAUUUAUAAAUACAACAGGAAUGGAAAGAAUACCAAUUACGCUAAUUUAUAAGAAAAAGAACAAUGUUAAUGUGCAUUGCCGUUGCAAGGAGGAUUACGGAAGUUUUUUUCAGUACCUCAAUGGGGAGGGUACUACCUGCGCAUUGGACGAUCAAACUGGGGAAUUGUCUGCAUCCACAGCAGCAGCACCUGUCACCUUCUUUCCCACUUCUAACCGAUACCCCCCAAAUGCCCACCACUACAGCAUUUACAACAGUAGUGGCCUUCCGCUAUUUGUUCACGCCAGCAAAGUAAUAAUUAACGUAUAUCCUUUUUACAGUCAGGUGAACAGUUGCAGUUACUCAGAUGAGUACUAUUAUUACCUUCUAAAUGAUUAUAUUAUUGUUUAUUUUCAUCUGACUGGUUCAGGUGGAUUUCCCAUGAAGAAGGACAAAUAUAAAUCAAAAACAUAUGAAAAAAUGAGAACAAUUCAAGAUUUAAUUGAUUGUAUUAAUUUUAUUAAAUAUAACAAUAUAAGUGAUACAGAAAAUAUAUCUCUACAUCUUCAUUCCAAUAGUGGAAUGCUUGGGGGAUAUAUACUAAAUCAUUUUAAAAAAAUCGUUCAAACUAUUGUUUUUGUUAACCCCUUCUUAGACUUUUUUAACAAUUUAACUGAUAUGACUAACCCUCAUGUUGCAUCGGAGCACCUGGAAUUCGGUAACUUGGACUUGCGUAACAGCCUAUCCGCUAGGGCGGCUCCCCCUAUCUCUACAACUGCAGCUACAUCCACUACAUCCACUACGUCCACUACGCCCACUACUACCAAUACUUCCAAUACUUCCAAUACUUCCAAUACUUCCAAUACUUCCAGUACUUCCAGUACGUUUACUACUAGCCGAAGGAGGGGCCAAACCACUGCGCGCAGGUUUUCCAAAGCAUUUGUUUGCGACUACUUGUGUAAAAAACGUACUCACAAAAAGGGUUCAAUGAUCUCUUUUCAAAAAAACAGUUUGCUACUCUUAUAUUCCUUAUGUCCUUAUUAUAAUAUAACUCCAAAGUACGAUGAAGUAUAUACAAUGGAAAAAAAUAAAACAAGAUCAAUUAUCUUUCCUUUGACAAAGAAUAGUGAAAAUAUGUUUUUUAAAAAUUCCAUUAUUUUAUAUUUAAACAAAUAUGAUAUAAUAUGUCCUAAUUACAAUUCGAUUAAAUAUAUUUUAAAAUAUAUUAAUUAUAAAAAUGUGGAGGUGAAGCAGUACUACUAUGUUUUUCUAAAUGAUUACAAGCUUUCACUACUAAAUAAAGGGCUUAACUUUUUAAAUUUCCACAAUGAUUCAUGUAGUAUGGACAAACGACUGUACAUUUCCUUUUCAAAAAGAGGUGGGCAUGGCGGUUUUAGUGAUUACUCUUCAUAUAUAAAAAGUGUUAUGGGGAAGAUUUAUGUUCACAUUUUCGAGGGGUAA